UCAGUCUUGAUACAUAGGAGUGUGGAGCUAACUGCUCAGUCGUCUAAGGGCUUGAGGGAGUGGGUUGUCCAGUUAGCUGUUAUCAGCCCUUGUCUCUGUGUUUGCCACCUCCAACAUCCGUGGCUGGUUGUGCAAAGGUGCCCUCCUACUCCUAAAGCAGUAAAGACUAAAGUAUUGCCAAAAGAGAUGGGUGUCUCUCACCCCAUGUACUGCUCUGCAGUCUCUUCAGGGCCAGUGGGACUGCAGCAUAGAAGGGCACUCUUAGAGUAAAGGUUAUAGUUUGACAGUCAUAAAGGUUCUCGGUGGGCGCCUUGGGGCAAGCCAGCAGAUCCAGAAGGCGAAGGGGACAAGUUGUUCCUGAGCCUCCAGGAGGUGUCUGCUGGGGCCAAAUCGAAGUCUUCUCUGCUUCCCAGAGGGCAAGAAGUUUCUAAAUAGCCUGGAGAGAUCAGCCUGAGCACCACCCAGGCCUUCCUGUUGGUGCUUGUUUUAAAAUUUCUGAGCUCAGGUUGGUCCUCAAAACUUUAUUUGGGACUAGAAGUACCUGUAUGGUAAUUCACUUGCUGGGGAUGUUCUGGUGACCCCACUAGGGGUGAGGACACAGUAUUCAGGACGGUUUAUGCCUGGUAGCCUCCAGGGAGCUAGCUCUCCCAUGAUCUGCUAGUGCCCGUCAAGGUGACUCCACCCAGCCCUUAAGCUGGCUAAGCUGCUGCUCUGGCUGUUGAGAGGCAAGUCCCCUAUUUAUAAAACUGACACGAGCAGCUUCUUCACUCAGAGUCAGAGAUGAAUUCAAACACUCUUCCCAUUUUGCCACGACUUGGAACAAAUCACUUCUGUCUCAGGGUCUGCUUAACCAUAAAGUAAGAAGAGAUGUGACUUGGGCUCCCUAAAGAUCACCCCUCCACAGUCAGUGGUUCUACCUAGCGAGUCUCCACCUCCACUCCUAGAGGUGUCUCAGUUCUUUUUCUAUUCUUCCCUUUGCUGUGACAAGUCUCAGAAGCCCAUCAGAUCAUGAAGGGUGUAUCGUGCCACUUCCAUGUCAGGUAUCUGAGUCUGGAGACUGGAAAAUGAUGUGUUCACCCUUCUCUGAGAGCAAAGGGCAAGUUUCCCUUAAUUCCAUAACCAUUUUUGAUACGCUUAUGAACUCGAUAGAGGUCAGGUUUGGCCUCCGUACCUCUUCACGAAGACUGUAGGGCUCCCUCAGCUCCUAGUCUCUAACCUGUAAGCUCUGACUAAUCCUACCUGACAGUAGGAUUAUUGUCCUGACAGCAGGAUGCAUUACUACUAAUGUAAUGGAGGAUGGCGAUUAGGGCAGAAAACCCCAAGAAUGAAAUCCUGAGGCUGGGGAGAUGGCACAAUAGAUAGCAACCGUGGCUUAAAGAUGAGUUCCAGCUGGGAGUGGCUACUUGCUGUGUAACCCCAGCACUAUAGGAAGGAGAGACGAGACAUCGCUGGGGCUCACUGGCUGCCAGCCUCUGUCUAGGCUCUGAGAGACCCCAUCUCAAGGGAAUGAAGAGAUGGUGGAGCAGGACACAGAUGUCCUCCUCUGGCCUCCUUGCAUGUGCACAGAUGCUCACCUACCACACACACAGGAAUGAACCUCCUCCAUCAUCAAGAACUAACAGUUCCCCCACUGUACCUGCCUGUCGUGGCAGUAUGCUUUCUUCUUCUUUUUAGAUUAUUUAUUUAUUUAUUAUAUGUAAGUAGACACUAUAGCUGUCUUCAGACACACCAGAAGAGGGCAUCUGAUCUCAUUACAGAUGGUUGUGAGCCACCAUGUGGUGCUGGGAAUUGAACUCAGGACCUCUGGAAGAGCAGUCAGUGCUCUUAACCACUGAGCCAUCUCUCCAGCCCCUUUACUUCUUUUUUAUUUUUUUUUUUAGUUCUUUUUUUUUUCUUUUUUUUCGGAGCUGGGGACCGAACCCAGGGCCUUGCGCUUCCUAGGUAAGCGCUCUACCACUGAGCUAAAUCCCCAGCCCAACUUCUUUUUUAAUUGGAUAUCUCAUUAUUUACAUUUCAAAUGUUAUUCCCUUUCCCAGUUUCCUGUCCAUAAGCCCCCCUCCCACUCCCCCAUAAGGGUGUUCCCUUCCCCAUCCACCCCCCCUUAACACCACCCACGGACAUUCCCCUGCACUGGGGGUCCAACCUUGGCAGGACCAAGGGCUUCCCCUUCCACUGGUGCCCAAUAAGGCCAUCUUCUGCUACAUAUGCAUCUGGAGCCACGGGACUGUCCAUGUGCACUCUUUAGGUAGUGGGUUAGUCCCUGGGAGCUCUGGUUGGUUGGCAUUGUUGUUCUUAUGGGGUUGCAAGCCCCUUCACUUCUUUCAAUCCUUUCUUUAAUUCCUCCAACAGGGGUCCCAUUCUCAGUUAAGUGGUUUGCUGCUAGCAUUCACCUCUGUAUUUGGCAUGCUCUGGCUGUGUCUCCCAGGAGACAUCUAUAUCGGGUUCCUGUCAGGAUGCACUUCUUAGCUUCAUCAAUCUUAUCUAGUUUUGGUGGCUGUAUAUAUAUGGACCACAUGUGGGGCAGGUUCUGAAUGGUUGUUCCUUCAGUCUCUGCUCUAAAUUUUGCCUCAAUAUCCCCUCCUAUGGAUAUUUUUGUCCCCCCCCCUUUUUUUUUUUUGGUUCUUUUUUUCGGAGCUGGGGACCGAACCCAGGGCCUUGCGCUUCCUAGGCAAGCGCUCUACCACUGAGCUAAAUCCCCAGCCCCUUGUCCCCCCUUUUAAGAAGGACUGAAGCAUCCCCACUUUGGUUGUCCUUCUUCUUAAGCUUCAUGUGGUUUGUGGAUUGCAUCUUGGGUAAUUCGAGCUUUCGGGCUAAUAUACACUUAUCAGUGAGUGUAUACCAUGUGUGUUUUAAUGUGCAUUCUUCUAAGCAUAAAGGCUUCAAAGGGACAAACUGUCUCCCCUCCCCCUUUCUCCCACAUCUGCCCAAUUUUGUUAUUUGGGAAAUACUUGGUUAGAAUUUAGACCUAGUUGGAAUAACUUAUAGUAAUUGAAUUGACCUUUAUUCUUUUUUUUUUUUUUUUUUUUGGUUCUUUUUUUCGGAGCUGGGGACCGAACUCAGGGCCUUGCGCUUCCUAGGUAAGCGCUCUACCACUGAGCUAAAUCCCCAGCCCCUUGAAUUGACCUUUAAAUCCUUGUUCUAAGUUAGUAUUUCCUCAAUGGUGUUUAAAGUUACUUUAGGCUACCUACCAACCAACCUAUCUGCCUAUCUUACAGCUCCAGGGAUCAGCUCCAGGGCUAGGCAAGUACACUAUCAUUAAGCCACAUCCCCAACUCUUUCAGAGUUAUUUAAGAAAAUAUACUUUAUUAUUUAUUAUUGAUUUUUCAGACAGGACCUCCAUGUCACCAAGGCUAAUCUCAUACUUCAUGUGGAGCUAAAAAAUAACCCUGAGUUUUUUUUUUAAAGAAUUAUUUAUUGUAUAUGAGAACACUGUAGCUGUCUUCAGACACACCAGAAGAGGGCAUCAGAUCCCAUUACAGAUAGUUGUGAGCCACCAUGUGGUUGCUGGGAAUUGAACUCAGGACCUCUGGAAGAGCAGUCAGUGCUCUUAACCACUGAGCCAUCUCUCCAGCCCUUUUAUAUUCUUCAUUAGCGUGUGUGUACAGUCUCAGGCUCAUGUGUAUGGAGGAGAAUACCUACUUCCUUAGAGCUUGGAUUAAAGGCAUGCACCUCAAUACAUGCCAGAGGAAAAAUUUGGGGGGUUCUCUCCUUCCCACCGUAAUAAAUUCUAGGCACUGAAGUCUUCAGGCUUGCAAGGCUUUUGCCAGGGAUUGUCUCAGCUAUCUUGCCAGCCUGCCACUGACUCUUGGUCCCCCACAUCUGGCUUCCCAGCUCUUUAAUUUUUUUAAAAAAGAAUUAUUUAUUUUAUGUAUAUGAGUACACUGUAGCUGUCUUCAGACACACCAGAAGAGGGCAGUGGAUCCCAUUACACGUGGUCAUGAGCUACCGUGUAGUUGCUGGGAUUUGAACUCAGGACCUCCGGAAGAGCAGUCAGUGCUCUUAACCCCUGAGCCAUCUCUCCAGCCCUUUAAAAUUUUUUUUAAUGGUUUUUAUAAAUUGCCCAUACUGUCCUUGAACUCUCAAUUCUCCUGAGGAGCAAGAAUUCCAAGCUCAUGGCUCUAAGGCCUGCUUGAAACUAUUUUUUUUAAAAAGCACUUAAAGAAUUUGUUUAAGUCUUGAGUGAAUUGCUUUCCGUCUUCAUGUGCUGACAUAGCCUAUCAAAGACUUAUCAAAUAGUUGUCAAAAUCCUUCUGGUAUUUCAUUUCAUCAGCUCCCUGUUUUCUCUGACUGAGGGUCAGUGGCAACCUUGGUUUGCCUGGGCAAAUGACUGUCUUUGGUCAUAAGACUGUUGCUUUCUAUAUUUUCAACUGUGUUUGAAUUAACCAAAAUGACUCAGAGCUUGCCAGUGAUCACUCAGGCUACACAAAACAUUAUUUACGUUGUUACCUUCAAUGGGGCUUUUUGGUUUUUCUUUGGUGGUGCUAGAGAAUCUAAAUCAGGGACUCAUACACACUCAGCAUUCACUCUACCACUAAACUAUGUCCCAAGCUCCCAAAAUAACUUUUGAGCCUUGAAGGCCUACUUAGAAACUUAAUUUUAUGGUAACUCAGUGACAUUCAGAAUCACAAGGCUUCCUUUGUUACCAAAGAAACUAAAAUUUUUUUCUGUGUUUAAUAUUUUUAAAUUUUCAUUUAAGAGUGUGUGUAUAUGAGAGAGAGGUGGAAGACAGGGACAGAGAGAGAGAGAGAGAGAGAGAGAGAGAGAGAGAGAGAGAGAGAAUAUAUCACUGUAGCCCAGGUUGCCCUGAAAUGGAUUUCAUGGGGAUUCUCUUGUCUCAGCCACCCAAACACUGAGAUUCCAGGUGUGAGUCACAGUGCCUAACUCCCACGAUGGUGGUGGUGGUUAAAAUAUCGAUGGUGCUGAUGAGUUGGUUAGCAGUUAAGAGCGCUAGCCGUUCUUCCAGAGGACUCAGGCUUGUUCCCAGCACCCAAGCAGUGGCUCACCACCAUCUGUAACUCCAGUUGCAGAAGAUCUGAUGUCAUCUUCUUGCUUCUACACCAGGCUUGCAAGAGUGCACAGACAAACAAACAUACAUACAAGGAAGACUUCUCAGACCCCGGGAUGGUGGAUCUAGGUCCCUGGGCAAGUAGGAAGGGUAUUUUACACUUCAGGAAAACCCCAAUGUCUGGUUCUAUCCCUUUGGGUUAUGUAAGUAACCUCGGAUGAUUAUGUCAUCCAAACUGAUUUCAUUAAAGACCAAAAGGGUCACGAAUCUAAUUAUGCAAGUUGCUCUUUUAUCAGGUGAACUCUUUCUUUUUUUUUUUUUUUUUUUUUUGGUUCUUUUUUUCGGAGCUGGGGACCGAACCCAGGGCCUUGCGCUUCCUAGGUAAGCGCUCUACCACUGAGCUAAAUCCCCAGCCCCUGAACUCUUUCUUUUUAAAGAAGGGUCCCCUCUUUGAUUAUGUGGCUACUCUGAGGAUAGCUAGUACUGUGCAGACACAAUAAAUACUUGGUUCUCUCUUUUCGUUCACUAGUUUUUGGGGGCUAGAGAGAUGGCUCCGUGGUAAAAGCAUUGACUGCUCUUCCAGAGACCCAGGUUCAAUUCCCAGCAACCAUAUGACUGCUUAUAACUAUUUGUACCUCCAGUUCUAGGGGAUCAGACACUCUCACACAGAUAUAUAUAUAUGCAGGCAAAACACCAAUUCACAUAAAAUAAAAAUAAACAAAUCAUUAAAAUAAAAUAAAAUCUCAAAGAAUUACUUUACUGCUUUUCAAAGUUAUGAGAUGGGUCUCUAGUGUUCACCAGUGGUUUGUGUUAUCGUGGACUCACAGAUUUCAGCAUGGUAUGUAUAUUGUAGUCCACGGUAAAUAGCAUUCUCCUUGGUACUCAAACUUUCAAAGGUGUGGAUGAGUCUUUGCCAUGACUAUAGUUUUGAUGCCUCCCUCCCUCCCUCCCUCCCUCAUUUCGGGUAGGUUUAGAUUUCUGGCUUAUUUGUGCGUUUCCUUUGGAUUCAGAAUCAGCUGGCUAAGACACCCUGUUCCUUUUCCUGGGGAGGGCACUCAGAGACCACAGUUGAAGCCAGGGUUUAUUAUUUCUUAUUUAUGUGUGUGUUUCUAAUAUCCUUUCAGGGCCUGCAUCUUGAAUCUGUUUUAUUGAUGACGAGGUUUUAAGGAUACUUCUGCCACCACCCCCCCACCCCCCGUCUGCACUGCAACCUUUGUCUACCCCAGAGGGAAUGUGGCUUACAUUAGACCAGCGGUCCUCAGCCUGUGGGUCGAGGCCCCUUUGGUGGUCAACCAGCUAUUUCUUGGGGGUCACGUAUCAGAUAUCCUGCAUAUCAGAUAUUUGCAUUUCUACUCAUAACAGUAGCACAAGUAUAGUUAUGAAGUAGCAAAGGCUAUAAUUACAUGGUCGGGGUUCACACAAGAGGAGGAACUUCAUUGAAGGGGGACAGCAUUAGGAAGGUUGAGAACCACUGGGUUAGCCUGUCAGCUGGGGUCUGGACUGUGGGAAGAGACUUUGGAGGAGCAGAAAGUGAGAAGGCAACAUGGUAGGGUGGGGGUGGGGGUGGGACAUGGCCUUGGCUGCACCCAUCAGACUAGGAAUGGUUAAGUUCCAUCAGAGAAGCAGCUGACUGACAGAACUGUUGUGGGUGAAGGGUCACCAACUAGAGGAUGGUCCGUUUGGGUUUUAGAAUCAUGGCUGCAGUCACAUGCCUGAGGAUGAAACUAUUGGAGUGGGCCCACAUUUUGUUUUAAAUCCAACUCCAUCUUUCUACUCAAGUACUCAAGUACUCAAGUAUUCAAGUACUCAGCAACCAACAAAUGCAUGGGAAGAUGGUGCCUCUGAAGAACCAUGUGUCCUGCAUGGAGAAACCAGGAAAGGUCCAGGAGCCCCCAGAUAGCAGUCUGCACUGGUCAGAAGGCUCAAAGGGUGAAGAGAUAAAGAAGUAUGGCCGGGAAGGGACACUACUAAACAAAUACAACCAACAAUACCACAAGCUGUUUAAAGAUAUCCCCUUGGAGGAGAUGGUUGUCAAAGUGUGUUCCUGUGCCCUCCAGAGAGACCUCCUUCUCCAUGGUCGGCUGUAUAUUUCGCCCAACUGGCUUUGCUUCCAUGCCAGCCUCUUUGGCAAGGAUAUCAAGGUGGUCAUUCCUGUGGCAUCUGUGCAAUUGAUCAAAAAGCACAAGAUGGCACGGCUUCUUCCCAAUGGACUGGCCAUCACCACAAACACCAGCCAGAAGUAUGUGUUUGUGUCUCUGCUUUCCCGGGACAGCGUAUAUGACAUGCUGAGGAGGGUCUGCACUCACCUACAGCCUUCCAGCAAGAAGAGUCUGAGUAUACGGAAAUUUCCGGAAGAAGAGGAACUCGAGUCCCCGGAAGUCCUCAUCCCUGAGAUGAAGUGGAGAAAAGCGUGCUCAGCCUCCCCAUCCCUGUCACUCCCGGACAACAUCUCUUGUGUCUCUCGGAUACCCACAGACUCCGCUGAUAGCUGCUUUUCCUCCAUGAAGCCUCUAGGGUCUGAGGCCGUCUGUGAGAAAGAUGCAUUGGAGGAAGAGCCCACCACGGACCAGGAGUUGAGGCUGUGGGAUUCCCGGCUCCUCAAGGUCAUCUUUGUGAUGAUCUGCUUUCUAGUCCUGUCCUCGUCCUAUCUGGCAUUCCGAAUCGCCCGGCUGGAGCAGCAGUUAUGUUCCCUGAACUGGGGCAGUCCACUCCCAAGGGACAGGUAACAGCCAUUUGGUCUUCAUCUGCACACCUUAACCAAGGAUGCUCUGGGUGCUGUCUCUACCAAGGAUUCCUGGGUCUAUACUGCAGCUGUGCUGGGACUGAGUAUGAAGAACAUAUUCUAGAUCCUUCCUCCAGACCCCUCCCCCAACACUUCCCUCAGUGAGCGAUCUGAAGUACUUGUUUACAGAUUCACUGGCUCCUAUAAUUUUUGGACUCAAACAAAAUGUUAGACUGUUUUUGUAUUUUAAUCAGUUGAUGAGUUCUGUACACUAAGCUUCAGCGACACUUACCUUGUUUUAUUGUAAGCAAUGGUUCUGGCACACUACAGAGCCCUAGGGGCCACCUCCGGGGAUGAAGGGCUUUGAUACCUGGAUUGCUGUCACAUGACACAUUCUAGUGAGUGUAGGGAGUGGAGUGUGUGUGUGUGUGUGUGUGUGUGUGUGUGUGUGUGUGUGUGUGUGUGUGUGUGCUGGAGAAAUAACGGAGGCACAAACCGCUGUGUGGGCUCUGCUGCAUCCCUACCAGCGUUCUGUGAUCUCACUCAGAUCUCUCAGAAUCUUUGUUCUGGAGCCCACAGGACUUUCCUUCAGGGAGCACUGGGGCCUUUGGGAAGAUUGGGAUAUGGAGAAGAGAGCAGGGCUUAUCAAGAGACCAAUCUUAGUGUUCUGAGCUGAGCUGGGUGACUCUGGGCUGCCCAGAGCUGUCUAGCUGAAUUUGGGAAGAUGCCACCUGCAGGAGAGGAAGGGUGUGGGGCUGAGAUUGGAGGUCCCAGAACUCCCAUUCUGGAGCAGUCUCCUCCUUGGUAGGACAAGGGGAACCGGUACUUGGGUAUUUGGUGGUAGGUCUAUUCCUAUUGGUCACAGACAUUCCCAAGGUCCUAGACAUUAGCAAUAGGAAGGCAGGGAAUUUUAUUUAAGGUCUAGUGGCUGGUAUACCUCCUGCAUGGCCACCUGCACUUGUCGGGGUGGUUUGACUGGGCAGUGAGAUCCAGCUGCAACGGUGGCCUUCUUGGCAGAGCUCACUCAUGCCAUGGACCUGCAGUCCAUGUGCUCUAGGACAUUCCAUAGGACUCCAGUGAUCAUAAGUAAGGACAGGCUCCGUGCAGAGACCAGGUGAGGAGAUCUCUGACUCCCUUGCUGGGAGAGGAUGGGUAGAUGGUGAGAUUGGUGCACACUGAGGGUUUUGCCAUAGAGAAUCUUCCCCAUCUACUUUUUUCCUAAAAAGAACUCUUGUUCAUCUCCUCAGGACUCUCAUCUGCUAAGACAGUGGCUUUGAAGGUUCUAGAAGGGUCUUAGGGAGGAAGCCCGCGGUAUUAAGGAAAGGUACAGGUGGUGGGAGGAGUGGUAAUGGGAAUAGCCACUGUUCCCCCUUUCUCUUGUGCUGUCAAGUUAACUGGGGGAGGAAACCCUGGUGGAAAUGAUUGCAGGGCUGUGGUUGUCUCAUUCAGGACAAAUCCCAGCAGGACUGGAGAAAGGGACAGUGGGUGACAACUUCCUGAGCUUAGACUGGAGGGCUCUCCAUCAUCUCCCUAUUCUGGUUCCUAGGAUUGAACAUGGAGCCCAGCCUUGUAUGCUGUUUGUACCAAAUCUUUACAUCUCAGGUGAAGCCCGGUGUCCAUUUGGUCCUCCUUCCAGGGCCACACUGUCAGAUGCCCAUCCUCCAGUGCCCAUCCAUCCUUUUGUCUUUCCCAUCAUAUAACAGAAACAAUCCUCCUUGCCCCAGUGCUUUCCCUCUCUGGUCCUUGCUGAGACGUGAGAGUACGGAUCCAUUCUCUGAGCCUUGCUAGGUUGAGCCAGGGUUCAUGAGAGGUGCCAAGUCACAAGGCUGUGCCAACAUGCUCUGGAAAGCCCAUUCUCCAACCAUGGCUGAGAGGACAGGAGGCGGGCUGUAGGGCAGCUAGCUGACUUUGGAGGUAGACUUGAGGCCAGAGCUUUGAGUGAUAUGGGUGUGUCCAUGCCUCUGAAGGGUCCUCUCUCUGCUUCUCCCCGUGGUUGCCCGUCCUGCUCCUCUGGAGGAGCUGUGUGACAGUUGUGAUCAUUCAUGAUCUGUGGGCAUUUAUACAUUCCUGAUUACACUGGCUAAUGCCCCUCCGGUUCUCCGAGGGUUUGGUUCAACAAGAGUGGGCUGUUCCACCGUGGCAUCAGCCUUUGAAAAACAGGUUAAUUCCCAGGUACUGAAAAAAUAUUUUUUAAAAAAUAAAAACCUCAAUUUUUCUAGUG